AUGGCUGGCGCGGACGAGACCCUCGCGGCCGCGACGGCCGUGUUGCAGUCUUUGGCGAGAGAUGAGCCUACCGCCGGCUCUUCCUCGCCCCCUUUCAAUUUUGAAUUCCCCCCCACCAACGGCGCGAAAGGGUCAAAACUGCCCGGAGAACCCACCGCUGCAAAGGCCGCCUUCGAAACAGAGUUGGAGGCCUUGGUGCGUCGCGUGCAUCACCUGGAAUUCCAAGCUGUCAGUCAUCACAAGUUCCCCGACGACCCCCAGCAGGCCACACCGUCUGCUCUCGGAUCCAUCGAGAAGGACCCUGACUUUUUGUGGACCUUUGGGCUCGAUCGCUUGUCGUCCGGUCAAGGUUCUGACUCUUCUUAUUGCCUCACACAGCAGCAAAAACUGAAUCAACCCGAUCGGAGACAACGGACCCCCUCGGGCCCCGAGGAACAACCCCCCGGAGACCUUGACGACGACGAAACCGACGAUGAGGAUGAGAACGGGUCCGCGACCCGCGUAGUCCGGGAGGAGGAUAUCAGCAUUCUGCGCAACCACGUCCAGAAGCAGGCCGAGGAAAUCAGUUUCCAGAAGGACAUUAUCGCCCAAGUCCGAGAUGAGUUGCAAAAGCAGGAAGAGCACACCCGACGUGCACUCAUCAAGGUUGAGAACGAGGACGUCGUCCUUUUGGAACGAGAAUUACGCAAACACCAACAGGCCAACGAGGCUUUCCAAAAGGCCUUGAGAGAAAUCGGCGGCAUCAUCACCCAGGUCGCCAACGGUGACCUCUCGAUGAAGGUGCAGAUUCACCCCUUGGAAAUGGACCCCGAAAUCGCCACAUUCAAACGUACAAUCAACACGAUGAUGGAUCAACUACAGGUAUUUGGUAGCGAAGUGUCUCGUGUCGCCCGUGAGGUCGGCACGGAGGGAAUACUAGGUGGACAAGCUCAAAUCACUGGAGUUCAUGGAAUUUGGAAGGAACUCACUGAAAACGUGAACAUUAUGGCCAAAAACUUAACGGAUCAGGUGCGAGAAAUCGCUACUGUCACAACUGCUGUCGCUCACGGUGAUCUUUCCCAAAAGAUUGAGAGCCGUGCUCAGGGUGAAAUUCUUGAACUGCAACAAACGAUCAACACCAUGGUAGACCAACUUCGAACAUUUGCAACAGAGGUGACGCGAGUGGCGCGUGAUGUCGGUACAGAAGGUGUUCUAGGAGGUCAAGCUCAAAUUGAAGGUGUACAGGGAAUGUGGAACGAACUCACAGUCAACGUUAACGCCAUGGCCAACAAUCUCACCACGCAGGUGCGUGAUAUCGCAACAGUCACCAAGGCUGUCGCCAAGGGUGAUCUAACGCAGAAAGUGCAAGCCAACUGCCGUGGAGAAAUAGCUGAACUUAAGGAUAUUAUCAAUUCCAUGGUGGACCAGCUUCGACAAUUCGCCCAGGAAGUCACAAAGAUCGCCAAGGAAGUCGGUACUGAUGGUGUACUGGGAGGUCAGGCUACUGUGAAUGACGUCGAAGGCACAUGGAAGGAUCUCACAGAGAAUGUGAACCGAAUGGCCAACAACCUGACCACCCAAGUGCGUGAGAUUGCUGAUGUCACUACAGCAGUCGCCAAGGGUGAUUUGACGAAGAAGGUCACGGCCAACGUACAAGGUGAAAUACUCGAUCUCAAGAGUACAAUCAACGGCAUGGUGGAUCGUCUUAACACGUUUGCCUUCGAGGUCAGCAAGGUCGCACGCGAAGUCGGUACCGAUGGAACUCUCGGUGGUCAAGCCAAGGUGGAUAAUGUGGAAGGAAAAUGGAAGGAUCUCACCGAUAACGUCAACACCAUGGCGCAAAAUUUGACAUCACAAGUGAGAAGUAUCUCGGACGUUACGCAAGCUAUCGCCAAGGGUGACCUUAGCAAGAAGAUUGAAGUCCACGCACAAGGAGAGAUUCUCACCUUGAAGGUGACCAUCAAUCACAUGGUGGGUCGACUAGCCAAGUUCGCCACAGAGCUCAAGAAGGUCGCCCGUGAUGUCGGUGUUGAUGGAAAGAUGGGUGGACAAGCCAACGUGGAGGGAAUUGCCGGAACAUGGAAGGAAAUCACAGAGGAUGUGAACACCAUGGCCGAGAAUCUUACGUCCCAAGUGCGUGCCUUUGGCGAAAUUACGGAUGCUGCAACCGACGGUGACUUUACCAAACUUAUCACUGUCAACGCCUCUGGAGAAAUGGACGAGCUUAAGAGAAAGAUCAACAAAAUGGUGUCCAAUCUCCGCGACAGUAUUCAGCGAAAUACUGCAGCCAGGGAGGCUGCUGAACUUGCCAAUCGCACCAAAUCCGAGUUCCUGGCCAACAUGUCCCACGAGAUCCGUACUCCCAUGAACGGUAUCAUUGGAAUGACUCAGUUGACCCUGGAUACCGAUGACCUGAAACCUUACACUCGUGAAAUGUUGAAUGUGGUGCACAAUUUGGCCAACAGUUUGCUUACCAUCAUCGAUGAUAUACUUGAUAUCUCGAAGAUCGAAGCGAACCGGAUGGUCAUUGAAAGCAUUCCUUUCACAGUCCGUGGCACUGUAUUCAACGCCCUGAAGACCUUGGCUGUCAAGGCGAACGAGAAGUUCCUCAGUUUGACUUACCAAGUUGACAACACUGUGCCGGAUUAUGUGAUCGGUGACCCAUUCCGUCUACGCCAGAUUAUUUUGAACUUGGUUGGUAACGCCAUCAAGUUCACAGAGCAUGGAGAGGUCAAGCUCACCAUUCGGAAAUCCGACCGCGAGCAAUGCACGACCAAUGAGUAUGCCUUUGAGUUUUCCGUCUCCGACACUGGUAUCGGUAUCGAGGAGGACAAACUUGAUUUGAUCUUUGACACUUUCCAACAAGCUGAUGGUUCAACAACACGUCGCUUCGGUGGUACUGGUCUUGGCCUGUCUAUCUCCAAACGUCUUGUCAACCUGAUGGGAGGUGAUGUGUGGGUCACUUCUGAAUAUGGACAUGGCAGUACCUUCCACUUCACUUGUGUCGUCAAGCUCGCUGAUCAAUCCAUCAAUGUCAUUGCGUCACAGCUUCUACCCUACCGGAACCACCGCGUUCUGUUCAUUGAUAAGGGUCAGAACGGCACACAGGCUUCUAAUGUCAUGAAGAUGCUCAAGCAAAUCGAGCUAGAGCCAUUAGUUGUGCGCAACGAAGAGCAUGUUCCACCUCCGGAGAUUCAAGAUCCGUCUGGGAAAGAAUCUGGUCACGCGUAUGACGUUAUCAUUGUGGACUCUGUCGAUACGGCUCGCAUACUGCGGACGUUCGAUGAAUUCAAAUACAUUCCGAUCGUCUUGGUUUGUCCUUUGGUCUGCGUCAGCUUGAAGUCUGCUCUAGAUCUUGGUAUCAGUUCAUAUAUGACUACGCCUUGCCAGCCCAUUGAUCUUGGCAAUGGUAUGCUCCCGGCUCUGGAAGGUCGAUCAACACCCAUCACCACAGACAACUCUCGCUCCUUCGACAUUCUCCUCGCCGAGGACAAUGACGUGAACCAGCAACUGGCUGUGAAGAUACUCCAGAAGCACAAUCACAAUGUCUUCGUCGUCGGCAAUGGUUUGGAGGCCGUUGAGGCUGUCAAGAAACGUCGCUACGAUGUCAUUCUCAUGGACGUGCAGAUGCCGGUCAUGGGUGGUUUCGAGGCCACGGGCAAGAUUCGCGAAUAUGAACGUGAGAGUGGACUCCAGCGAACACCGAUCAUUGCACUGACGGCCCACGCCAUGUUGGGUGAUCGUGAGAAGUGUAUCCAGGCGCAGAUGGACGAGUAUUUGUCCAAGCCACUCAAGCAAAACCAGAUGAUGCAGACCAUCCUCAAGUGUGCUACGCUCGGUGGCUCACUACUGGAGAAGAGCAAAGAGUCUCGGAUCUCCAGCAGCGGGGAAAUGCAUCCUAUCCACUCCUCUGUUCCGGACAAUCAGAAUCAGCAGCAACAACAGCAACGAUCACAAAAGAUGCAACCAUUGCCAACACCUCCACGACCUGGUAAUGAAAACCGGGCAAUCACUACCUCCGGCCCCAUCGCACGGGGGAGUGCUGUCAGCCCAGGUCCUGUCGAGGACAAUGAUGUAGAGAUGAUCGAUGAUCGGGUACGUUGA